AUGGCACCAAGAACAACAUCUCCUCUCAUCAUCACUCUCUUCCUCUUUUUCUCCAUCUCUUCCCCCUCCCACUGCUUCAAAAUAACGACUAAACUCAUCCACCGCGACUCCUACUUCUCUCCCCUCUACAACGCCACCGCGACCACCGCCGACCGUGCCGGAAGGAUCCUCGAAGGGACCCUCGCCCGCUACGGUCACCUGAUCUCAUCGUACGACGACGAGCCGCUGAGUGUCGAUAUCGAGGCCAGUGGGACUUGGGGGAUCAAGUAUAACAUAUUCUACGUCAAUUUCUCCAUCGGCGACCCGCCGGUGCCGCAGCUGGCCCUGAUGGACACCGGCAGCGACUUGUUGUGGGUGAAAUGCCCGCCGUGCAGUCCUUGCUCUACCAGCUCUGGAGCCACCUACUUUUACUCCUUCAAUUCCAAGACUUACUCCCCACUUCCUUUCAAACUUCAAAAAGGAUGGUGGCCAUGGUCGCAAAAGCACUGCAUGUAUACAAUAGACUACAGAGGCGGCCACAGUUCUGAAGGAGUCUACGCCACCGAGCAACUAACCUUCCAGACCUCCAACAAUGGCUUCGUCACCACCAUCCCAAAAGUCCUCUUCGGCUGUUCCACCAAGCUCACCGGCCCCGAAGGCCUCGACCCGCACGUCAACGGCGUUCUAGGGUUAAUCGCCGGAGCCGACACUCCCACCAUUCCUUACGGCCAUUUCUCUCUGGCCACCCGUUUAGGCACCAGCUUCUCGUACUGCGUCGACAGCUUGUCCGAUCGCUACUACCCUCACAAUCACUUAUCCUUCGGCGACGCCGUCGACCUGAUCGGCGAGAUGACUCCCCUGUACCUCCAGGAUGACGGCAGGUACAGUGUUCACCUCUCCGGCAUCAGCUUAGGUGGGAAGACGCUGGACAUAGACAUCGACGUAGGGACGGUGGAGAAAGAUGCCGGAGGGUUUCCGACGCUGGGGAUUCGAUUCAUCGGCGGGGUGGAGUUGGUGUUGGAUCGGUUUGGGAUGUUCUUACAGGUUAAGGAUGAUGUUUUCUGCUUGGCUGUUGUUAGGUCAAAGGGUGUGACGAUUAUUGGGAUGAUGGCUCAGCAGGGUUACAAUGUUGGGUAUGAUUUGGGAGCAAGGAGUCUCAUCCACCGCGACUCCCGCCUCUCCCCUCUCUACAACGCCUCCUUAACCGCCGCCGACCGCGCCGGAAGGAUCGUGGAAUCCUCCCUCGCCCGCCGCGCCUACCUCUCGGCGGUCGACGACGACGAGCCGGAGGAUGGCAUCGUCGGCGGGAUCGAGGCCAGGCUGGUAUGGGGAACCAAGUACAACAUAUUCUACAUCAGAUUCUCCAUCGGCCAGCCGCCGGUGAAGCAACUGGCGCUGCUGGACACCGGCAGCGACUUGCUGUGGCUCAAGUGCCCGCCGUGCAGUCCUUGCCCCGUUGACUCUGGAGCCACUUUCUUUUAUUCCUUCGAGUCAAAGACUUACUCUCCACGGCCGUGUACCACCGCCUGCAAGAAAUGCACCGACUACCUCGGCGGCCAGACGUCGGAAGGAGUAUACGCCACCGACCAGCUGGUCUUCGGGACGACCGACGGCCGGUGCACCGUCGUCCCCAAAGUGCUCUUCGGGUGCUGCAGCAAGCUGACCGGUCCCAACGUCCUUGACGGUCAAGUCAACGGAGUUUUGGGGCUGGCCGGAGGAAGCUAUAGCAGUCUGCCUAGAGGGGAGGAGUCGAUUGUCACCCGACUGGGCAGCAAGUUCUCGUACUGCGUCGGCAGCCUGGCCGACGUCACGUACCCUCACAACCGGCUGUCUUUCGGCGACGCCGUCGACUUGGUCGGAGAUUGGACGCCUUUGUACCUCGAUCAUGGCAAUUACUACGUCCAGAUGUUCGGUAUCAGCUUAGGAGGCAAGAUGUCCAUAAGAAAGAAGAUCGCCAUGGACAGCGGCACAGAGCUGCUCCACCUCUACACAGAAGCUUUCGACGUAGUGAAGGCGGAGGUUCAGAAGCUGGCUUCCUCGGUGCUGACGGAGGUUCCUCCGGUGAGCCCUCUGGAGCUCUGCUACAAAGGGACGGUGGACAAGGACGCUACAGGGUUUCCGGCGUUGGGACUUCACUUCGUCGGCGAAGCGGAGUUGAUCACCGAUAAGUUCGGGAUGUUCGUGCAGAUGGACGUCGACACUUUCUGCCUGGCGGCUCUCCGGUCGGAGAGCCUCAGCAUCGUCGGGAUAAUGGUUCAGCAGGGUUACAACGUUGGGUUCGACUUGAGGGCGAUGAAAGUACCGUCGCUAAAUCUUCUUCUAACAUUCGUCCUUUUCUUCAUCAUCUUCUCCUCUUCCAUAACACUCAUCACAUCUUCCAAUGACCGCCCGACGAUCACGACUCGACUCAUCCACCGCGACUCGGUAUUCUCUCCCCUUUACAACGCAUCCGAAACGGUGUCGUCUCUCGCACAAAGAGCCACGGAAUCUUCCCUCGCGCGCCACGAGUUCCUGUCGUCGUCGUCAUCCGACGACGAUAGGCUGCAGCCGGAGGGCGUCCAGGCCGGCCUGGUUCUGGCCACCCACCACAACGUGUUCUACGUCGAAUUCUCCAUCGGCGAGCCGCCGGUGCGGCAGUUCGCGCUCAUGGACACCGGCAGCAGCCUGACGUGGGUCAAGUGCCUCCCCUGCCGUCCUUGCCUGCCCAACUCCGGCGUGACGUUCUUCGAUCCGACCAAGUCCAAGACUUACUCUCCACGGCCGUGCGUUCUCGCGACGGAGCAGCUGACCUUCAUGUCUCCGGCCGGCCACGGAGCCACCGUCGCCCUUCCCAACGUCCAGUUCGGCUGCUGCAGUACGCUGACCGGAACCGAGCACCAGGACCAGAACUUCAACGGAUUGCUGGCUCUGGGAGCCGGGCCGUACUCUCUGGUCGACGGGCUCGGCUCCAAAUUCUCGUACUGCGUCGGCAGCGUGUCGGAUCGCUCUUACGCCUACAACCGGUUGUCAAUCGGCGCUAAUGCCUACCUCACCGGCGACGCCACUGCGGUUGCAGUGAAAGAAGGGAUCUACUACGUGUUCAUAGAAGGAAUCACCCUAGGAGGCCAGGUACUGAACAUAAAGCAAGAAGCUAUCACCACAAUGUCGUACAAGCAAGGAGUGGUUCUCGACACCGGAGCAGAGCUCUCAUUCCUCUACACAGAAGUCUUCGACGUGCUAAAAGCAGAGGUCGUGAAGCUGGCCAACCCGAUCUUGCAACAGGUUCCGGCGCCGUCACCGUACGAGCUCUGCUACAGAGGAGCCGUGGACAGAGAAGCCAGAGGGUUCCCGGCGAUGGCGCUGCAGUUCGCCCGAGGGGCGGAGGUGACGGUGGAUAACUUCGGGUUGUUCAAGCAGGUCACCGGCGACGUGUUCUGCUUCGCCGUUCUCCGGACGGGGACGAUCAGCAUUGUCGGGAUGAUGGCUCAGCAAGGUUACAAUGUUGGGUAUGACUUGAGAGCGAGGGAGGUCUACUUGCAGAGCAUGGAUUGCCAGAUUUUGCCUGAUAGUUAG